AUGCCACAGUACGAGUUGAUAUACUUUAACGCCGCCGGCAGGGCCGAGCCAAUUAGACUUUGCUUCCACUACGCUAACAUACCAUUCAAAGAUACCAGAGUAGAAGUUAAUGAAUGGGCCGAGCUGAAACAUGACCGCAAAAGUAAGUACUGGACUUAAACACACCCUACCCUACCAUACCCUACCUUACCCUACCCUACCUUGUUCUACCGUAAUCUCUCCUACUCUACCCUACACAGAAGCCCUAGAUUGAGCUCAGCCCUAGCCUUAGCGCUAGAACUAGCCCUACCUCCUACUAAAACAUAUCUUUCAGAGGUCCCAUUCGGUUUACUACCAGUCCUGCUAGUUGAUGACAAGCCUUUAUGCGAAUCCCAUGCCAUUAUUCGCUACGUAGCCAAGCUAACAGACCUGGACGGAGGGUCGAAUACAGAUGAAGUUGCUCACCUUGAUCAAUGCUACGAGUUGUGUCGAUCAUUCCACGAAGCCACCCGCGCCUACUUUCUGGCCUGCCGUGGCUAUGGCCAUGAGGACAAAACAAAACUGUUGGACAAUGUCUUCGUACCAAACGUGGAGAAGUACUUUGGUCAUAUACGAUCCCAACUGCGACCAUCCGGCUUCUUCGGGAAUACUGUAACUUAUGUGGACUUUGCCUGGUUUCGAAUCAUUGAGUUCUACAAUCAACACAAUCCAGAAGUCAUUCAGAAUCAUCCCGAGUUUCUGGGGCAUGGGAGGCGGAUCAGGGACAUUCCACAGCUGCAGAACUACUUCAAAAAUCGACCGGAAACCGCGUUUUAA